AUGUCCGCCCAACCCAACGGUAGCAACAACAUGGAGAACCCCGGCCUCAUCGCCGGCCACGCACAAUACGUCAAGGGCGCUGCUGAGGCGACCAUUGGAUCAGUAACAGGCAACCAAGCCUGGGCGACAUCGGGCGAGCAGGACAAGAACCAAGCCAUCGACGCGAUGAAGGCCGCCAGCGAGAACAGAGACACUAGUCAGGGCUACGGAGGCGUCGAGCAGGCGGCCGGGAACCUGGUCGGGUGUGAGGGAAUGCAGAAGGAGGGGGCUGAGAGUAAGAAGCAGUAG